AUGCCGCCCAUCACGCGCCCCCGCCGCAUCGUCGGCGUCUCGCUGAAGAUGUACUUCGACCUGCCCAGCACCCUGUCCUACGUCCGCGGCGUCUUGCAACUUGACGGCGACGCCUGGAACUCGCGCAUCGAUCUCUUCGUCAUCCCCGACUUCGUCUCGCUCACCGAAUCUGCCCGCAUCCUCGAGUCCUCGUCUAUCAUGCUUGGCGCCCAAGAUACCAUGUGGGAGGACAAGGGCGCAUACACCGGCGAGGUCAGCCCACUGGUGCUGCGCCAGGCAGGUGCGCGCAUAGUAGAGAUUGGACAUGCGGAGCGGAGGGCCAUAUUCGGCGAGACAGACGAGACGGUCGCGAAGAAGGCUGGUGCAGCAGCGAGGAACGGCCUCAUACCGCUGGUGUGCAUUGGCGAGAAGACGCACCACAGCGUCGCAUCGGCAGCUGUCGGUGCAGCUAUACAGGAGUGCAAACCCCAGGUCAUGUCAGUGCUGGCUGCCGUCCCGGACGACACUGAGGUAAUCCUGGCCUACGAGCCUGUCUGGGCCAUUGGCGCAAAGGAGCCCGCCGACCCCGACCACGUUGUCAAUGUUACGAAAGAGCUUAGGAAGCUGGCUGCUGGCAGAGCGGGCACCACAAGAAUUGUCUACGGAGGAAGCGCUGGCCCUGGCACCUUUGCGAAGAUUGCCGAAGGCGUCGAUGGCUUGUUCCUGGGUCGUUUCGCGCAUGACAUAAAGAACCUCAAGAAGGUUAUCGAAGAAGUUGGCGGAGCUUGA